GGAGGCGUAAAACUUUCCCUGUGCGCAACAGCCUCCAAGCGCGAGCGCACACACAUAUCAUAAUGACAUGCAUUCUGUACUUUAUGUAGAUUAGAUAACGUUGCAAUCGCAAUUUAGUGAAAAUAGCAUACUAAUCAAUAUUUAUAGUGCAUUUGCAAGUUUUGCUUUGAGACAAAGUAUUUUGAUGAUGGGCAUGGCUUUUCUCUGUGGUUCCCCUGUGACUUUUCGUGUCUGGCUGACUUUGCUGAUCUCCGGCUAUCCUGCUCUGGCUUUUUCGGUCGCUGGACAGCAAGAGACGACCUGCGAGGCGAACGGUAGCGUCUAUUAUGUGGGCGAAUGGUACUUUCUAGACUCGGAUCCAUGUACUCAAUGCGAAUGUACGGCUGACGGGUCUGCCUGCGCGCGGACUGAGUGCACAUCCCUGCCUACCGCCUGCAUCCAUGUCAGCCAUUACCCGACAGACUGCUGUCCGAGAUGCGAGAAGAUCGGCUGCGAGUACGGGGGAGAAGUGUAUGAACUCGGACAACAUUUUCAGCCGUCAGCGUGCGAGCAGUGCACCUGUUACAGUGAUGGCAUUGCCCACUGUCAGGUGGCAGACUGUGCUCCUCCGCCAUGUGUUGAUCCAGUCUAUCAGAAAGGCGAAUGCUGCCCUCAGUGCAAGGAUGGGCCAAACUGUUACGUGAACGCCUCCAGGACGCAGGUGAUCCCUGGAGGAGAGUCAGUGUGGGUGGACUCCUGUACCAAAUGUCGGUGUCAUGACAUCCAGGAUGCAGGUUACUGGGAGGGCAACCGUUUGGCUAUGUGUUCCCGGAUCCGAAAUUGCCAGCCUGAUGAGGGGCUAAACUGAGGGGAAAGGGUCAUCUGUCAUCCUCGGUUAUAUAGUGGAUGUAUAAAACUCUUUGUCAGCAGAUUUCUAAACGACCGAAGAAAGUCUGUAUUCAGCUAUUAAGAGCCUACUUUACAAUUCUUUCUCAGUUUCAGACAGUUCAGUUUCUCUGUAUUCUGAAUGAUUGAUUGGAUUUCCUUUUUUUUUUCAAGGUUUGAAACAAAGAUCUGAUUGCAAACAAUUUAUUUUUGGCUGAAUUUAAACAAACAAACAAACAAACAAACAAACAAA